CCGGAUCCAGGAUCCAAGGGGUUGACUCGACGCCGCUCAUGCGCUGAGGCAGGAGAUCUGAAACCUACAAACAGCCAUCGGUUAGCAAACGUAGUCCUCCGGUUUUAAAGACGAAACCAUGGUGUCUGCUACGGUGCUCUUUCUUUUAACUGUCGGUUCUGUCUGUGGAGAAGCUGCAGCAGAAAGGAAACUAGUAUAUGUGACUGUGUUGUUUCGGCAUGGUGACAGGUCUCCAGUCAAAGCCUACCCUACCGACCCACACCAAGAGAGCGACUGGCCACAAGGGUUUGGACAGCUAUCACAGACGGGGAUGCGGCAGCACUUUGGUCUGGGCCAGUUUCUGAGGAAUCGGUACAAAGGAUUCCUUAACGAAUCCUAUGAGAGACACGAGAUCUCCGUUCGCAGCACAGACUACGAUCGGACCCUGAUGAGCGCCGAGGCCAACCUCGCAGGUCUCUACCCGCCCACUGGUCAGCAGGUCUUUGAAGAAAACUUGCAGUGGCAGCCAAUACCUGUACACACGGUGCCACAAAGUGAAGAGAGGCUACUCUCUUAUCCUUUGGGUGACUGUCCUCGCUACAAACAGCUGAUGAACGAAACUGAACACACGGCGGAAUUUAUUAACGUCACCAAUACAUACCAGGACAUUAUAGACCUGGUGAGGAAUAAAACCGGACUGAAUAAGACUAAUGUGGAAUCAGUCUGGAACGUGUACGACACACUCUUCUGUGAGUCCCGUCACAACAUGUCCGCUCCUGACUGGGUGACUCCUGAUGUCAUGGAGAAGCUCCGAGUACUCAAAGACUUUAGUUUUCAGGUUAUGUUUGGGGUCUACAAACAACAAGAGAAGAGCCGGCUGCAGGGAGGUAUCCUGCUGGAUGAAAUAGUAAAGAAUCUUUCCAAGAUGUCCGUCCCAGACCCGAAACAGAGACUGAAAAUGAUGAUGCUGUCAGCGCAUGACACCACUGUAGCUGCUCUUCUGGCCAGUUUGGAUGUGUUCAAUGGAAUACAGCCGCCAUAUGCCUCCUGUCAAAUAUUUGAGCUGUACAGGGACAAUGGCUCUGUUUCAGUGUCGAUGUUCUACCGGAAUGACAGUGCAGUGGAGCCGUACCCUCUGCAGUUACCAGGCUGCUCCCUUGACUGCCCCCUAGAUGACUUUGUGAGAAUUACAAAGCUCUCUAUUUCAGAAGACAGGGACAAAGAGUGUCAAGUGCAUUCCGAAGGGAGAGAUAAAGAAGUGAUCAUCAGUCUGGCAGUGUCGGGCAGUCUGCUCUUCUUCCUCAUCGUCGUCCUCCUUGGCGUUCUUUGUUGGCAGAAGGAGCCAAUUGCCAAACGGGGAUACCAACAUGUGGCCAACCAGGAAGUCGUAGAGGAAUCCUGACAGAAGCACAAACUCCUCCCUAGGAGAUCGACAAGCCCGGCAUCUUGGGACAGCAGCGAUGACGAUGAACUUUGAACUCCAGAGGUACCUUCUUGAUGGUGUCAUCAACACAUUUGGGUCGGAACCCACAACGAUUAGGUUUUUUCCUUCUUUUUUUUUCUUUUUUUAUUAAAUGGUGAGUUGUUGUCCAAAAUGACCCUGUCUCUGUUGGGUCAGAAAGAAGAAUUUAUGUAAUUAAUUUUUUUAUUUUUAAGAUUUUAGAGAAGCACAGCUUUUAAAAACAGCUUUUGUUUCUUCAACACUCUAAAUUAACAUGAGUGAGACUUUGUUGGAGGGACCAGGAUUGAUUUCUACAUCAAGAAAACAUAGCGGGGAAAACAUUUUGUCAGCUAAAGUAACUGCUGUGUGUGCUCCCAAUGUGGUCUGGUCGGAUCAGCCAAAUUAUUUCACGAUCUUAACAAAUGUGUCCCAGAUUUCUGCUUGGAAAAAGACUGCUCAUCUUAUAGUUUUUUUUUUUUUUAUUUUUUUUUUUUUUAAAAGAUGUAAAGGAAUUUUAUGAUUUUCUUUAGACAGAGACAUAGAGAGAAGAAGAGCGAGACAGGGGAAGACAAGCAGCAAAGGGCCAAAGGCUGGACUCAAACCCAGGCCGCUGCAGUUAGGACUGAGCCUUAAUGGUACGCACCCUACCCGGUAGGCUACCAGGGCACCCCCAGUCCGUGUCUUUAUGUGUUUUGGAACUUGAAUGGCUGCAGAAAAGUUUAGAAAGUCAAUGCAAAAGUAGUGACAUAGUUUUGAUUUUACAUAAUGUAAUGGUCUGGAAACGUGAUGGGAAAUGGUAAGGUCUUGGUAAUGUCAUUGCAAAAUCUUAUUUUUUUAGUGUUUUGCAUUAUGCUUAUCUUCCUGGCUCUGAUUGUUUGUAUUUUUUAAACAGCAACCAUAGGUCUUUAACUGAUUUAGAAAAGGCAUAAGAUUAAUUCAAACUUAAUUAGCUAAAAAUGUUUUAAUAUUGAAUCCCAGUCCAGACGUUUCCACAAGUUCUGUUAAAAAAAGAAAAGAUGUGUGUGUCUGUUUGUGUGCAGGGGUAUUCACCAUGUGUUGGCUCAUCUGUGGUCUCGUCCAUGUACAGUAUGUGUGUGCACGUUGACUCGUAGGCCUAAUUACCGAGAUGCCUUAACCAUUAUUAAUAUGGGGUGUUUUAAUUUUGUUCUGAUGUAUCCCAUUUUUUUAGGAUUUCAAGUUUUUGAAAUUAAUUUCUUCAAAAAAAGUUUGUUUGAUUUAUCAAAGGAGCAGCAGGGUGGUGUUGAAUUUUGAAAAUGUCUCUCAGAGAGCUGGCCUAAGCCUUGUGAGAGACAUUAAGCAUCCACCCCCAAGUGUCCUUUAGCAAAAUGGCAAAUCAAAGCAAAAUAAUGACUCUCUUUUGGGUGACAACGAGAAUCUAAUCAGUUUGCGAUCAUAUAAACCAGCUUCUUACAGAUGGAGCUUACAGCAGAACAGAGCAAAAUAUAAACUCAUGAACUUUGAAAACACUGGAAACUUUUACCUUAGUGUGCUUUUAAAAUCUGGCUGCCUUUUUAAAAAGACAGUUUUGAAUUAUUUAAAAAAAAAAAACCUGUUUUGUCUUUGAACCAAUCAUUCAAAAUGCAGAACAUGUAUAUGGGAUGCUUUAACUUAAGAGAUAUUAUUAAAACCACAGGCUGUACCUAAAACUUUAAGCUCAGGCAAUUUUGGAAAAGACACCCAGGGUUUUAUACAGCAGGGGAUGGACGUUUAUUUGCUCGCCUUGGGUCUUUGGUUGGGUUGUUGUUAAUAUCUAAUAUAGCCUGACCAGGAUCUUGCUUUUCUUCAAGUCAGGGUUCUGGACAUUAUUUGCACAUAAUCUUUAAAAUAAUCAUUCUUUGUUGUUGCCUCAAACAUGGAGAACACACCUUUGCUAAAAAAAUUCAAAACACUUACACUCACAAUUACAAUAUACACACAAUUAAGGUUAUUUUAUCAGGAUUUCAAUUUGUUUUCAUGUUGUGUGAAAUUAUUCAGACUUUGAGAAUGUGUUGAUUGUAAAUGUAUUUUUUUUUCUUUUUUUUUAACAAAUAAAUGAUCAAUCAAU